UGGAUAUCAUGGAAAUCAAGGAAAUCCGCCCAGGGAAGAGCUCCAAGGAUUUUGAGCGUGCAAAAGCUGUCCGCCAGAAGGAAGACUGCUGCUUUACCAUCUUGUACGGCACCCAGUUUGUUCUCAGCACGCUCAGCUUGGCAGCUGACUCUAAGGAAGAUGCGACUAAGUGGCUCUCGGGCUUGAAAAUCUUACACCAGGAAGCAGUGAGCGCGUCCACACCCACCAUUAUCGAGAGUUGGCUGAGAAAGCAGAUUUAUUCAGUGGAUCAAACCAGAAGAAACAGCAUCAGCCUCCGAGAGUUGAAGACCAUCUUACCCCUGGUCAACUUCAAAGUGAACAGUGCCAAGUUCCUCAAAGAUAAGUUUGUGGAAAUCGGUGCGCACAAAGACGAACUCAGCUUUGAGCAGUUCCACGUGUUCUAUAAAAAACUUAUGUUUGAGCAGCAAAAGUCGAUUCUUGAUGAAUUCAAAAAAGAUUCUUCCGUGUUUAUCUUGGGCAACACCGACCGGCCCGACGCCUCCGCCGUUUACCUGCACGACUUUCAGCGCUUUCUCCUACAUGAGCAGCAGGAGCUUUGGGCUCAGGAUCUGAACAAAGUCCGUGAGCGGAUGACUAAGUUUAUCGACGACACCAUGAGGGAAACUGCUGAGCCCUUCUUGUUUGUCGAUGAGUUCCUCACGUACCUGUUUUCGCGGGAGAACAGCAUCUGGGAUGAGAAGUACGACGUGGUGGACAUGCAGGACAUGAACAACCCCUUGUCCCAUUACUGGAUCUCCUCUUCGCAUAACACGUAUCUCACCGGUGAUCAGCUGCGGAGCGAGUCGUCCACGGAAGCAUAUAUCCGCUGCCUACGGAUGGGCUGUCGCUGCAUUGAGCGUGAGUACCAUUUUCCCGGUGGAGAUGACACUUACGGUGAAUUGAGGUGGAAAGGCGACUAUGGGACCAGAAUCCAGCAGUACUUCCCAUCCAAUUACGUCGAGGACAUUUCAACAGUCGAUGUGGAGGUGCUGGAGAAGCAGAUUAUUGAAGACAAUCCCUUAGGGUCUCUUUGUAGGGGAAUAUUGGAUCUCAACACUUACAAUGUCGAAGGAUCUCCUCUCAAGAUCCUUAAGGACAUCUGCAAGGAUCCUCUUUCCAAGUAA